GGACGAUAGGGGGUCUAAUGUGUCCUAGUGGCAUCAUGGACAAGAGGCUGAAGAUUCCUUUGAUGUUUCUAGCUACGGUGACUGUCAGCGUGUUUGGGCAGAACAUCCGACUAGUGUCCCCACUGGACAAUGGAGUUGGGAGACUUGAGGUGUACUAUAACGGCACAUGGGGCACGGUGUGUGACGAUGACUUUGGUGCCGAUGAAGCUAAAGUGGCCUGCAAAGAACUAGGACGAUAUAACAGCGGACUUACACCGAGGGCCAUUCAAAGUUUCGGUUUUGGAAGAGGGAGGAUUUGGUUGGAUAACGUGAAUUGCAGCGGAGCCGAAUCACGUUUGGCCAACUGUUCACACAGAUCAUGGGGCAUCCACAAUUGUGGCCAUAGAGAAGAUGUUGGCAUCAUAUGUGAUCCAACUGACAUAACGAUGAAGCUGACUCCGAACUACAAAAAGGGACUCCUACGGGUACUCCACUCUGGUAUCUGGGGCACAGUGUGUGAUGAUGGCUUUGGACAAGUAGAAGCUUCAGUUGUGUGCAGGGCUCUGGGGUACCAAGGAGGGAAGGUAAUCAAUGAAAGCAGUUCUAAUAAAAUGUGGCUGGAUGACGUCAAGUGCACGCUGCUGAACACAGAUCUAAAGGACUGCAAACACCGGCCAUGGGGGGUGGAUAACUGUGGCGAUUCAGAGGCUGUUGGUGUCGAGUGUUUUUCAUUUCCUGAAGAGGCUACCGAGGCAAGACUUUUCUCCGCCACCAACGAGUCAGAAGAAGGAGUUCUGGAGCUGUUCUAUGGAGGACGGUGGGGAAGAGUUCGUUACUCUGGGUUUGGAGUCGAAGAAGCAAAGGUUGCCUGCAGAAUGUUGGGAUACAACACCAUAUCAGCCAAAGCCAGCUCAUUUUCAAACACCGGCAGCGAAUCACGACGUGAUAUCGUAGAAAAGGUUCAUUGUCUGGGCACUGAACUCACUCUGAACGAAUGUAUUCAUUACCCUUGGGUUAAGGAUAACUUGUCAUCAUCAAGAGUAGUCCGAAUACAGUGUCCUAACGGUAAGUAA